CCCCACCCAUCUCACCCCCUGAGACCUCUCUGUACUUUGACGUCAUGCAUGCUCCUUUUAGUUGCCAUAGCGACUCCAUUCCCUAAACCCCUCUUGCCUAUCUCCUGUCGUAGCUUUCACAAUGGUACAGGCAGCAUCACUGUGCACAAUGCUUUCCAGGCAGUGAAAGAAGGUGAUUCAGCAAGCCCGUCUGUUCUUUUCCAUCACUCCCUUUUUCACUUUCUAUUUCUUUUUUUGUUUAUUUUUAUUAUUAAAACAUUAUACAAAGAAUUAAGUUAAUUUCCUCCUAUAUUUAUAAGAAAUUUGUUUUUUAUUCUUAUUUCCUAUACUACCCCAUUCAUGGGCAUCGUUUAAUCUAACCAAUACACAUGUAUUUUGGAACGGGGUCAAAAAAAGCCACAUAGAAUUGCUAUCUUUGGAGGAGCCACUGUGGAUGUGAAUUGUUGCAGUGCAGGCACGGAAUGGUGAUUGUGUGAAUUAUUGCAAUAUCUCAUGCUACUGUAUAUCUGUGUCAUCCAGCAAUCCUACAGAACUUAAUGAACAACUAUUGGUAUUUAUGAGCCGUCAUUUCUUGUAUAACUGCAGUGAACCUACUCUGGAUGUGAAGAUUGCCUUUUGUCAGGUGUGUGUUCCUUACAGGUAAAACAAGGGAUUCGGUAAUCAAGUGGAUGUGUCGUAUAUUGCUAAACAUUACAACAUGAGCAAAAGCAAAGUUGACAACCAGUUCUACAGUGUGGAAGUAGGAGACUCGACAUUCACUGUUCUUAAACGCUACCAGAAUCUAAAACCUAUAGGCUCUGGAGCUCAGGGAAUAGUUUGUGCUGCCUAUGAUGCUGUCCUUGAUAGAAAUGUGGCAAUUAAGAAACUAAGUAGACCAUUUCAGAAUCAAACACAUGCCAAACGGGCAUAUAGAGAGUUGGUCCUUAUGAAGUGUGUAAAUCAUAAAAAUAUUAUCAGUUUAUUAAAUGUCUUCACACCCCAGAAAUCUCUUGAGGAGUUCCAGGAUGUAUACCUAGUUAUGGAACUGAUGGAUGCUAACUUGUGCCAAGUGAUUCAGAUGGAACUAGAUCAUGAACGAAUGUCUUAUUUGCUCUACCAAAUGCUAUGUGGAAUAAAGCACCUUCAUUCAGCUGGAAUUAUACAUAGGGAUCUAAAGCCAAGUAAUAUUGUUGUGAAGUCGGAUUGCACAUUGAAGAUCCUUGACUUUGGAUUGGCAAGGACAGCUGGUACUAGUUUCAUGAUGACUCCUUAUGUAGUUACCCGUUACUACAGAGCUCCAGAAGUUAUACUUGGGAUGGGAUACAAAGAGAAUGUGGAUAUUUGGUCUGUGGGAUGCAUUAUGGGAGAAAUGGUCCGCCACAAGAUCCUCUUUCCAGGAAGGGACUAUAUUGACCAGUGGAACAAAGUAAUAGAACAGCUGGGAACUCCGUGCCCAGAGUUUAUGAAAAAGCUACAACCAACAGUACGAAACUAUGUGGAAAAUCGACCUAAAUAUGCUGGUCUCACUUUUCCGAAGCUAUUUCCCGAUUCCCUCUUUCCAGCAGAUUCAGAGCAUAAUAAACUCAAAGCCAGUCAAGCAAGAGAUCUUUUAUCAAAGAUGCUUGUCAUUGAUCCAGCCAAGAGAAUAUCAGUUGAUGAAGCGCUACAGCAUCCGUAUAUCAAUGUCUGGUAUGACCCUUCAGAAGUUGAGGCGGGCCCUCUGAGGGAUAUAUGGAAUGAACAGCCAGUCAAAACAAAGAAUAAUGAAAAGCCUCCCCCUCAAAUCUAUGACAAACAACUGGAUGAAAGAGAACAUACCAUUGAAGAAUGGAAAGAACUAAUCUAUAAGGAAGUGAUGAACUUUGAAGAAAAAACUAAAAAUGGUGUUGUAAAAGGACAGCCCUCUCCUUCAGGUGCAGCAGUGAACAGCAGCGAGAGUCUCCCUCCAUCCUCGUCAGUUAAUGAUAUCUCCUCCAUGUCCACUGACCAAACACUAGCAUCUGACACGGACAGCAGCCUGGAAGCUUCUGCAGGACCCCUCGGUUGUUGCAGGUGACUAGCCGCCUGCCUGCGAAACCCUGCCUUCUUCAGAAGAUGAUGCCACUGAAAUAAGAACCAAUAUGUCUAAAUAAUAGCAAGACAAAAAAUAAGAAAGGAAGUAGAAAAGCUCAAAUUUCCCUUCUAGCUUGCUUUACCUAAAAAAAAAAAGUUAUGUCAUGCAGCUAAGCUCAAAUAUAUCUAACUUAUAGUUGCUCUGCUUUGGUCUGCUUUGGGGAUAAGGAUGAUUUCACAAUUCUCUUUCCAUAUAUUGUAAAUUUAAUGGCUGUCAAACAAGCAAAUUAAGUUUUCUUGUUUUAUCAUGUUAAGAAUGUUGGCCAUUUUUACCGUGGGUGUAUGGGGAUGUGUUGCAGAUGUGUGCAAUUGUAUGUAUGUGCUAUGUAUGUUUUUCUUUCAUGUUUGUUUGAGUUUCUGAUCGGGAACCCUUUCAUCUCAAAAGACAGGUGUAGAUAUUAACAUAUUAACAAAACACAUGUACAUUAGGUGUAGAUAAUACAUAGAUCAGUAUAUAUAUAUAUAUAUAUAUAUAUAUAUAUAUAUAUAUAUAUAUAUAUAUAUAAAAUUAAAGGGCCUGUCUUGUGCUUCAUAAUUACUGCUGUAAUAUUUUGCUAGUAGGUACACUGUUAGGUUCAUUUGUCAAAUUGUGAAAAGAGAAAACUUUGUAUUCAGGAAGGAGCAACAGUGUCUAAUCAUGAAGCCUCUUUAGCUGAAGCAUGAUGACAAAGUAGCUAGAGUUUAUGCAGAUUGUGCAAAAUACAAACUCUCCGAAUUGUUCUUUAAAGCAAUGUCUGUGUAAUAGCUAUUUAUUUUUUUACAUGCACAAUAUUUUUUAUUUUAAACCAGAUGUGCUGAAUUGAACUAUCAGUUGAAAUGAAGCAAUCCUAUGUAAAUCUUGUAUUUUUUUUUUUUAUCUUUCCCACCUAGGAAGGGCAAGGUACAAUUGUUGAUGGUUGAAAAGGGCAUUGUGGGUAUAUCCUGCCUAUACAUGUUGUGAGAUGAAUAUUAUUUUAUUUCUAAUAGGCCUAGUGAUACUAGAUAUCAGUUUAAUGAUUAUAUUAUUUAUUUUAUUAAAAAAAUACAAUCUGAAUUAGGCUAGGGAAGGAAAACAUGUAUUUGUGAGGUUUCAGCUUCCAUGUUACACCACUGGAUAAGUAAGUAAGCAAUAUAUGAUUGACAGCUGUGAUUUUUAAAUGCCUUUAUAAUGGGUUUGGAUGUGUUAAUAUAAAAAUGAAUUUGGGUUUCAUGUUUAAUUUGAAAAGGACUUUUAUUAUACAGCUUUUUAUGUCUGGGUGACAGGUCCACCUUAAAUUGUUUUUACUUAUAUCAACAGUUUCAUAAGAAAGGAUAUGUAUUAACUGACACAGGCAAUGACAUAAUAGCCAACAAAUUCAACAUUUCAUUUGCAUAAUAUAUUUUUAACAGGGUAAGGUAAACUAUUAAACAUUAGUUAAAAAAAAGAAACUAAAAAGGCAACUAUCAUGAAAACAAAAGUCUGAUAUAAGUUUUCUUGGGCAGAACUUUCUACAUAUAAUUAAUUUAAAAAUUCUGUACUGUUUCUGAAGUAAAUUCCUCACUAAGGUAAAUUUACUUUACCCCUCCAGCUUUCUGGGGCUCAACAUUCUGGGUAUUCUCAAAUACAAACCCUUUAUGAAGAGUGAAUAAGUAAUUUGCUUAUUUCAGAAAUAAUACAUUGGUAAAGGGUAAUUGUACCUAUGAACAUUGUUUGUCUCUAUAAAAAUAUAUUUAAUAAAACAGUCUAUUGGGCUUCUUUAUCAAUUUUGA